UCACACAAAACGCGCCACGAAAUUCUCGAGAUUUUUUGCUUUCUCCCUUAUUUGUGUCCGCAGAAGAAACGAGGGAAGAGAGAGAGAGAGAAGCAAAGACCUUUUAUUUACCAAAGAAGAAUACUUCAUUUUGUAUCAACAGAGAUAGAGAGAGAGAGAGAGAGAGAGAGAUACAAAGAGAUCGGUUGUGGAUUACUAAUAAUAAUGAUGAUGAUGGGGAAGAAGAUGUGUGAGUUAUGUAGUGGUGUAGCGAGAAUGUAUUGUGAGUCAGAUCAAGCGAGUUUGUGUUGGGAUUGCGACGGUAAGGUUCACGGAGCUAAUUUUCUUGUGGCGAAACACACGCGAUGCCUUCUUUGUAGCGUCUGUCAGUCGCUAACGCCUUGGAAAGCCUCUGGGCUUCGUCUCGGCCCAACUGUUUCUCUCUGCGAGUCUUGUUGUUUAGCUCGUAAGAAGACGAACAAGAAGACCACCACCAUCGCUUGUUGCGAUCGGUUUAGUAGUGAAGACGGUGCUGAGUCUUAUGAUGAGGAUGAGGAAGAAGAAGAAGAAGCGGAGAAUCAGGUUGUGCCGGCGACGGCGGCGGGAGUAGAACUUCCGGUGGUGAGUUCGUCGUCGUCGGUUAGUAUGAAAAGGACGAGACGUGAUCUAGAUCUGAACUGCUCUUUCGAUGAUGAUGAGGAGAACGCGUCAUCUCGACCACUGAAACGAUUAGCGAGAGACGAUGAAGAAGCUUCGUCUAAAUCAACGGUUGUGAUGAACUCAGUUUUGAGAUUAGAAGGAGGAAGGAGGAAAUCGAACGGUUGAAAUGGAAUGAUGCUGCUUUUGGUAAGGUUGAUUUAGAUUAUUAACUCUCACGGUUCAUUUUUACUAACGAUAAUUGUUUUAGUGAGUUGAGUUAGUUUUUAAAAAUCAUUCGUUUGAACUUUGAAGAUUUGUAUGAUUAUUAUUGCUUUUAUUUUAUUUGUUUUGAAAGCUGUUAUGUUAACAAUUAACCUAUAUAUAAUAAUAUAUAUUCGUAUGUGAA